AUGUCGAGGUCUUUUUACGUCGACUCUUUAAUAAUCAAGGAUACGGUGCGACCUGGACCGGCUGAGCAUCCGGGACAAGACUUCCUUAUUCCCAUCAGCAUGCACUCCCCGAGCGUAAUGACGGUCACGGCUCCGGUGUGCCCGUCCAGGAAAAAUGGGACUUUCUGCGUUUGCCCGCUGUGCGUCACGUCCCACAUCCACUCUUCCCGCAGCGGCAUUCCCAUGCUGAAGAGUCAGUUUCCAGGAGCGGACACGCAGUACUGUCAGAGAAUAGCGCACCAGCAGUCUCCCGCACUCGCGCACCCUGGACAUACACCUGUCUGCACGCCCACCUUCAGCGUCACAGAUCCCAGGAGAUACCACUGUCUUUCUAUUGGCGCCUCCGAGAACAACCACAUACAGAAUGGCAAGAGGAUGCGCACGGCGUUCACAAGCACUCAACUCCUGGAACUUGAAAGGGAGUUUUCCACGAACAUGUAUCUCUCUAGGCUCAGAAGAAUCGAAAUCGCCACGUACUUGAACCUGUCAGAGAAGCAGGUGAAAAUCUGGUUUCAGAAUCGCAGGGUGAAGCACAAGAAGGAGGGCAAAGCCACGCAAAGGAGCGCACACAGCGGUUGCAAGUGCGCAACCGGCCACACAGACUAUUCGAGGUCAGAGGACGAGGAGUCUCUGUCUCCGGUCUCUGCUUCGGAAGAGAAAGAGGUGUCACCCAUCUGA